AUGGGGAGGAAUAACGAAAACCCUUGUCACAAUUACUUCGAUUACGAUGCAACUGGAAAUACAAAAGUGUAUGGGAGACAUACAGGAGAACAUAUAAAAGAAUUGAUGCUAGAAUGCAUCUUCAGUUACGGGAUUUCUGCCAAUCAUAUAUAUUCCCUUACAACUGAUAACGGCAGCAACAUGAUUAAAUCUGUGCAACUUUUCUUGGAUGGAGACGAAGAAGAAGAAGACAUUGAUUUUGACGAACUGAACAUAAAUAAUGACGAAGAAGAAGAAGAACUUGUUAUUAACGAACUCUCGGAAAGCAUUCGCGAUGUUGUGCGCGGAUUUCGAUUAAUUGGAAAAGCCCGUGCGGCGAUGAAAGCUUUGAAAAAUCAGGUGUUUAUGGUUUCGAUUCGGCGUAGUAAAUUGAAAAAAACAAUACUUGAUGGGAAAACCAGGUGGAACUCGACACUUGCGAUGCUAGCUCGUCUUCUUGAGCUUCGGGAAUUCAUUACUGAAAUAGAAAAUUCUCAUGCAGAUUUAAAGAUCAGUGAGAUUCAAAGGAUUGGCAUUCAGGAGAUAUGCUCCGUUCUCGAGCCGGCCCGAAAAGCAUCAGUCAGGUUGCAAAUGCAACAGCUGACCAUAGGAGAUUUUUACAAAUUGUGGACGUCGUAUAAAAUGGACGUAGAAGAAAUCGACACAGUAUUUGCGAAAGCUUUUUCCGUGGCCCUUCAAACACGGGAAAAUUUGUUGAUGGAUAAUGAUAUUUUCCGAUCAGCAAUAUAUCUAGAUCCUAGAAUUAAGGUAAUUCUGUCUACUGAUGAGAGGGUAAAAGCCAAAGCUUAUUUGGUCAAUCUGUGGCAAGCUGUCCAUCAAAUGAGGUUAGACAGAAACUCUAACAAUAACUCUUUCCCACACGGACACGCUGAGUCUUUCAUUGGGCCCCUUGAUAAGUUUGAAUCAGCCAUGCGGGAACGUGAAAAUUUUAUGGUUUCUCCGGCAUUCACCAUUGAAAACAAACGAAUCGACCACCUUCUGGAAAACUUUGAGGGUCAUCCGCGAAUAAAUUCGACUGAAAAUUUACUGGAGUGGUGGUAUAAUGCACGAACUGACAUGCCAGAAUUAUUUAUUCUAGCCGAAAUUGUUCAUGGGGUACCUGUUACUCAAGUCAGUGUAGAAAGAUGUUUCUCUAGCCUCAAGUUUGUUCUUUCUGCUUAUCGGAAUAAUUUGACUCCUUCAAUAUUAGAGGACAUUCUUUUGAUUCGAUGCAAUGAGAAAUUUGAAAAAUAA